AUGGCACUCAGACUAUCGUCUUGUCUGAAGAGUUGCCUUCUUUUCUUCUUGGCUCAGACAUGUUUAGCCCAUAGCCACACGCCAUCACUAGAUUCCAUCAAUAUCGGGCCCAACUAUGCACAUCCACUUGAGGACCUUGACAAGGACCUACCAUUCUCCCAACCUGUGACGUUCGCGCACUUGCCCUGGCAGCGCUGUUUUUCUGCAGCACAUACUCAACCCCUCGACAUCGCAGUCGUAGGAUUCCCGUAUGACACCUCGACUUCCUAUCGACCUGGGGCUCGCUUCGGGCCACGUGGUAUCCGGGCCGCCAGCUCGCGGGAGAAAAAAGGCCGUAGCUUCAAUACGAUUUGGGACAUCGACCCUCUCACGGCAGGAAACCUGAGUAUUGUCGAUUGUGGAGAUAUCCCAAUCACGCCGUUCGACGCUCAGCAUGCGUUCAUCCAAAUGGAGCAAGGGUACCGUCAAAUCCUAUUCCACAACACAACACAAGCCUCUGGUGCCGCAUGGCCACAGCCGCGCAUCCUCAGCCUAGGAGGCGACCACUCGAUCGUCCUGCCGAUCUUGCGCAGCUUGAAAGAAGUCUACGGCCCAAUCUCCGUCAUCCAUCUAGACUCCCACCUCGACACCUGGGACCCAUACGCAGGAUACACUGGCAUCGUCUCGGAGCAGUCUGCAAUUACCCACGGCACAUUUUUCUGGCACGCCUCGCGUGAGGGCUGCAUCUCCAAGGGCACCUCCGUCCACGGCGGGCUGCGCACGAAACUGUUCAGCCCCAACGACUACAUCAUCGACCGCGACGACGUCGGCUUUACUCUCAUCGAGGCCCACGAGAUCGACGACAUCGGCGUUGCCGGCAUUGUGGAGAAGGUGCGGAGCGUUGUUGGAGGCACCCCCGUCUAUCUCAGUAUUGAUAUUGAUGUGCUGGAUCCCAGCAUCGCCCCAGCGACGGGGACGCCUGAGAGCGGUGGCUGGACGACGCGCGAAGUCAAGCGCUUCAUCAAAGGCCUGGAGGGCGUCAGGCUGGUCGGCGCCGAUGUCGUCGAGGUCAGUCCUCCAUACGACACGGUCGCCGAGGUCACCAGCGUCGCGGCCAGUGAUUUGCUUGUGGAUAUCCUGGCUCUGAUGGUCAAGGACUCCGUCCGAGGCCCCGCAGCCGCGGAUGCUGCUGGUGCUAACUUUGGAGCGCAGCUUGGGAAAGAUGAGCUGUGA